UGGUAGUGAUGAAGCACUGCUGGUGAUGGAGAUGGUGGUGGUGGUUGUGGGGUGGUGGUGGUGGUGUACACUGUAUACAGUGCCCUGAGUGUUCCCGCGUCACCCGCCAAGGGACAGCCCGGUGGGGCACAGCGUUGUCUGUGCACACCCUUUUCUUUUUUAACUUGGACUCCUUGGUGCACACAAGGCAGGGGUAUGGUGAUGCAUACAGUGCCGGCGUACAGUGCCUUGGUGCUCUGUAUAGGCACAGGUGUGUAGUGUCAGUGUAAGUGUGCAUGGUGGGCAUUCAGUGCAGGUGAUAGUGCCGGCGUAUAGUAUCCAUACAGUGUGGGGGCAGCCGGGGGUUGCGGUGGGCGGGCGGUCUGGUGACGGCCGCUCAUUGGUGGAGGGAGGCCGCGCCCCGCCCUGCCAGCGGCUCUGGGAGAGUGUGGGCGGGACAUGGCGGGGCGGGGCGGUUGGCCGGGGCGGGAGGGUCCCCUCACUUUGUCACUCUUCGCCCGGUGAGCAGCAGGAGCCACCACCGCCGUCGCCGCCGCCACACUCAGUGCUGAGUGCCGUGACCGCCGCGCCGUUGUGCCGCCGCGACGCCCUGCCCCAGUGUGCGUGGAGCAGGGCCGUGACAGUGCUAGGGCUGUGUUGGGGACACAGGGACACGUGUUGGGAUAAGAAACACUUGUUGGGGACAGGAGCCCGUGAAGGGGACCGCAACGCACCAGUGGGAGCCUGGCCAGGUGGAGUGGACGAGGACCUAAAGGAUUGUGCAGGGCAGAGCAGCGCCGGAAGGGUGCGGAGGACGCAGGAGUAGGGCUAGGCAAGGACAAGCAGGGGAAGGCAGGGCGCACCGCGCCAUGGGCUGCCGCGUCGCCCCCUGCUAGAAUGGUGCAAGUGGCCGCCGCCCUUACUCAGUACGCCAUGUUCCCCGCCGCUAACCGGCCGCCGCCGCCGGCGCAGCACCCCAUGGUGGGGCAGCAGGGCCCCGCGAGUUACCUGGGUUACUAUCCCACCCAGCCCGCCCACCACUAUCAGUAUCCGCCACCAGACUUUAACUGCAACUUGCAGCCCUUCGUGCCGGCCCAGUUCAGUGAGGGUCUGCAAGGCGGCCCGCCCGCCUGGCACAACCCCGUGUACAUGGGCGGCCACCACCACCCCGCCGCCCACCACCACGCGGUGCAGCACUGCCAACAGCGCUCGCCCGCCGCCUACGACGAUUGGAUGACGCCGCUCCACCACAACGGCGGCGGCGCCUCACCUCUGCCGCAGCACCCGGGUCUCGGGGGCACCGCCACGGGUGUGCACCCGCCGCCACACACGCCCUCGCCGUGCGCCCCCGGAGCCGCGGUGCCCCAGGCUGCCCCGCCCUCGCCCACCUUCAACAGCUAUGCCAAGCUGUCCGCCCCUGGGGGUCAGCUGGAGUACGGCAGUGACGGGGGCGUCUCGGGGGCACAGUCCCCCAACGAAGGCGUGCUGGGCCUCGCCGAGAGUACGGGGGACGCAGAGUCGCCGCCUGCAGUCACACACCCGCCGCCGCCUAACGCUCACCACACGCCACCCACCUCCCACUCGGCGCCAACCACACAUCCUCCGCCCGCGCGGCCUCAGCAAGUUCGCUCCCCCUUCAGGUGGAUAGAGAAGACGGCCUUUCAGGGGCCGCCCCACCAAGAUGGCGCCUUCCUCGACCUUGAUGGGCUACCGAUGAAAGUCCGCCCUGGGUCUCACAGUAGCCGGGAUAAUGAGGACGAUAAUCGUUUCCUUGUUCUUCCUCAGCAUUAUGAUUCUCUGACAGGCAAGACGCGCACUAAGGACAAGUAUCGCGUGGUGUACAGUGACCACCAGCGGCUGGAGCUGGAGAAGGAGUUCCACUACUCCCGCUACAUCACCAUCAGGAGGAAGAGUGAGCUCGCCUCCAUGCUGGGCCUCUCCGAGCGGCAGGUCAAGAUAUGGUUCCAGAACAGACGGGCGAAGGAGAGGAAGCAGAUGAAGAAACGGGACGAGCUACACAACAAGGAGAAGCUGGAGGCGGGGGGCGGCGGGGGCGUGGUGGGGGUUGGGGGAGGGGUCGGGGGCAUGCAGCAGUACCACCCCCCCUCCGUCACGCCCAUCCCCCCGCCCAUGCACCCCCAUGUCACCUCCGCCCACCACCACCACCACCAUCACCACCACCACCCGCUGCAGGCCGGCAAACCGCUUAUUAUGGAUAUUAAACCUCCACUUGGGAUGGACUAAUCUUGCACUUAUUAGUAUUGUUACACUUAUAGUUCACUUAUCCUCCCCCCCUACCUUCCCCUCCCUCAAGCUGCUCAGUACACUUCAUUCCCACCCCUCCACGUCCUCUUCUACUUUUCCCACUUCAGUCACUUCUUCUCUCCUCCCUGCCUUCCCCACCUGUACAUUAGUUUGUCUCUUUCCAGUAUUUCAUUACACUUCUAACUAUGUACACUUCAGUUUCUCCUUUUCUUCCCUCUAGUAGCCUACACUUCAGUCACUUCUUCCUUCUCUCCUCCCUGUCUUCCCCACCUGUACAUUACUUUUUGUCUCUUUCUAGUAUUUCAUUACACUUCUAACUACACUUCAGUUCCUCCCUUCCUUCCCUCUAGUAGCCUACACUUCAGUCACUUCUUUCAGUACACUUCAGUCACUGUUUCCUGUCUUGCUUCUUCCCCCACCCGUCCAUUAUACUGUUUGUCUCCUUCUGGUAUUUGAUUACACUUUUAACUACACUUCAUUAUGCUCUUUUCCUUCCACCUGUGCACUUCAGUCACUUCUUUCAGUAUAAUUCAACCACGUUUUCCUUACUUCCUUUCGUCCUUCCUUCCUCUUCACUGUUAAUCUCCUCCCAGUACUUGAAUACACUUAAAUAUAACUCCAACUAUACUUCUACUUUUCUCCCACCAUUACACUUUCUACACCCACCAGUACACUUUGUUCAUUCCCCAAAUACACUUCAGGUUCCUCUCUUCUUUCAGUACACUUUUCACACCUUCCCAUUGUACUUCUUUCACCCUAACUACAUUUCAAUCCCCCAUUUUCAUCCAGUACACCCUUUACACCCACUACAUGCAUUUUCUCGGUACACUUCGCAGUCUACCACUCUUUCGUUGCACACUCUCCCACACACUAUUCUCUCUCAGACCCUUCUCACUUAAUAGCCAUACAGCCCCCCUCCCACUGCCAUGACCCCCUUUCACAAUCCCAUACAGACCUCUCUCACUUCUACCUAUACCGUCCCCUCCCAUUUACUCCCAUACAUUCCCCUCUCACUUAUUUCUAUAUCAGUCCCCUCUCACUGCCAUGAUUCCCUCUCACAAUCCCAUACAGACCUCUCUCAUUUCUACCUAUACCG